AUGGCCGCCUCCUCAUCGAAGCCAUCGAGCUUCCUGCUCUACUCCUGCAUCGCCCACCGCACAACCAUCCUCGCCGAACACUCCUCCCCCGGCACAUCCUCGAGCGCCGCCUCGUCCCUCGCCUCCAUCAUCCUCCCCAAGAUCAGCCACGACCAACCACAAAAGCUCACCUACACCCACGAGCGUCUCUUCGUGCACUACAUCGCCGACUCACCCACAACACCCAGCACCCCCGAUGACCCCCGCCAGGGCGAACCCAACUCCUACGCGCCCCUCAGCUACAUCGUCGUUGCAACCGCCGAACAAGGCCGCCGCAUUCCCUUCGCCUUCCUCCUCGAAAUCAAGCGCAAGUUCCUCACCACUUACUCGCCCUCUAGCACGGACUUUUCUGCUCUCCCGGCUUACGGCUGCGCCGCGUUCAACAAUGAGCUCCGCUCGCUGCUGCAGACGUACAAUACGGCCCCGCCGGCGGAUUCGCUGGCUUCGGCAAAACGGGAGAUCGAUAGCGUGAGGAACAUCAUGACGGAGAACAUUGAACGGGUGUUGGAAAGGGGAGAACGGAUUGAUUUGUUGGUGGAUAAGACGGAUCGGUUGGGUGGAAGUGCGCAUGAUUUCCGCAUUAGGAGUCGUGGGUUGAGGAGACGGAUGUGGUGGAAGAAUGUUAAGUUGAUGGUUUUGUUGGCUGUUGUGGUCGUGUUCUUGGUGUGGUUGUUUGUGGGGAUGGGGUGUGGAUUGCCUGCUUGGGGGAGGUGUGUUGGGCAUAGUCAGUAA